GUAAGACCCGGGCGUUCGAGCUUCUAGGUCUCGGCAGAAGCAAGCAAGCAAGCAAGCAUUCAGGGGCAGGGCUCGCAACGCAGUGGAGAUGGGGUUGGAAGGCGAAAAGGGGGCGCUGCUGGUCCCGUCUUCCGCGGCGGAGAACCCGAUAGCUCUGGUGUCGGAGCGCAUCAAGGAGUGGGAGAGCGGCUUCCGCUCGUGGCUGGCGCGGCAGCCGACGCCCGUCGAGGCGGCCGUGGUGACCGCCGUGGGCGCCGCCCAGGGCGCGGCCAUCGGCGCGCUCAUGGGGAGCCUCGCCUCCGAGGCCUCCUCCGCCAUCCCCACUCCGCCGCCCCAGGCCGCCGCCGCCCUCAACCCCCAGGCCAUGGCCUCAUUCAAGCAAGCCCAGGCUUUGACGGGUGGACCCUUAGUUCAAGCCCGUAACUUUGCAGUCAUGACCGGUGCCAAUGCAGGGAUAUCUUGUAUCAUGAAAAGGAUUAGAGGUGUGGAGGAUGUCCAGAGUAGUAUGGUGGCAGCAUUUGGUUCUGGAGCAUUAUUUUCGUUAGUCAGCGGAAUGGGGACUCCCAAUCCAGCUGUCAAUGCAAUUACAUCAGGGGUGGCUUUUGCCGUUUUUCAAGGUGGCUUUUUCAUGCUUGGUCAGAAAUUUUCUCAGCCACAAAAUGAUGAUAUAUACUACUCCCGUACUAGAGAACUGUUGAGAAAUCUUGGCCUUCAGAACUAUGAAAAGAAUUUCAAGAAAGGCCUGCUCACUGAUCGCACCUUGCCCCUGCUCACUGAUAGUGCUCUUAGAGAUGUGAAAAUUCCGCCUGGGCCUAGACUUCUCAUACUUGAUCACAUCCAUAGGGAUCCUGAGUUGAUGAAAAAAAGAUGAAGUUGUUGAGUGUUUUUAAUGCUGUUCUGUUCUUCAGCGCACCCAAUUAUCUAUCACUUGUAGUCGCUACUUUGUUGCUGUAAAAGACAUUAAUAUUUUGUUGGAUUCUUUUUAUAACUCACAAUAGUAUUACUAUUUUCUUCUGAAGUUUUGGGUUUUUAUCUUAUCGACAGCUAGAGCCUCGUGAAAACAUCUAGAGCUUGCUUUCUUGAUUCUUUGCAGCUGUUGGCCGGUAUGAGACUGCUUAAAACUGUCUACCUAGUAGUAUGCAGGUGGAAGGUCUCUAUUAUUAUGAUAAAAAUGGAGAUAGAGACUUUUUCUCUUUAUAAUAUACGUUCCGUUGUAGCCAUAUUGUUGUUUUUCAUAGAUGGGGUUGUGUUUCAUAGAUGGGUGGGCUACUACUACCGGCAUUGUGUAUGGGGACGCCUCUGCCGCCGGCUUCCAUCACAGGUUUUGGAAAAAAUUUAAAAUGUAUCAGUUAUAUUGUUCACGUGGUGUUCUCAACUAAUAAAAUUGUCUUCUUAA